CCUGUCACUCAAAUCUCUGUCUGACUUACAAAAGCGUGUAGAAGAAGCGUGUCAGGUCACAGGCUGCGUGUCCUCCUGCUGCUUGUUGUGUUCUAGGGUUUUUAUUAGUCUGAGUUCAAACUGUAGAGAAGUUACUGCUGCGACUCCAACUGUCCCCGGACGAAGAAGAGGACCACGCUCUUCGUAGACCUCCGUGUUUCCACUGGUGACGUUAGCCGAGGCCUCACGGUUAGCUAACGUGACAUCUGACCGAGGUGACACCGCCUGUCCGCCGGAGGAGUACAGUCCAGCAUCACUAUGACAGCUCAGGAAGGAGAGGGAUGGGGAGGCAUUAAUCUGUCGCCUCACCUGCACACGGACGAGUGCAAUGAACUGAUAACUCGUCUCAGGCAGUGCCACAGCGAGCACAGCUUCAUGAGGUUUAUUGGCACAUGCAACGACAUGGACCGUGAUAUGCGCCAUUGCCUGAAGCAAGAGAGACUGGAUAAGCGGGAGCGCAGCAAGCAGCACGCACAGGCGAUGAAGAGGAGGCUGAAAGAAGGACCGAAGGAGCAGGUCUGAAGGACGAUUGGCUGCGUCUUUGCCAACUGGCAUCGCAAGUUUUCAGAUAUUGAGACAUUGGAUCGAGGGCGUAACUGUAACGCUGCGGUUUUUGAGUGGAGACAUGACAGGAGGGUUGUAACUCUGUCUCUCUAAAGAUGGGUUGUUUCAGCUUUGACAGGUCUAAGCAUAAUGUGAUAGUGUUCAUCAACGAUUUCAAGACGCUGGUGUAACUGUAAAAUGUUGCUGUUAUUACUGCUGCUUUGAUAUUUGUAAAGAGAAACAUGAGGACGAAGAAAUGUUUUUAAAAUGUUGGCAUCAUGUGAAAACCAGCUAAUACAAACCCAGUUGAGAUUUACAGCUUAUGCAUUAACUGUGUAAUGAACUCAAAACCACAACUAGGUCUUUGGAGUAAAAUUUGCUGGUUUGGAUCCUCAUUUGUUUCCACUAUGUCUGCAUUACAAUACCACCACAUCAAAGAGACGAGUGGAGCCGGUGGCAGAACCCUUUCAUCUAUUAUAUUAGUCCCCAGGACACCUCAGGAAUAUUCUGGUACCUGGAAACAUUUCAUGAAAACAACGAGGAUCCGUUUCAGGAUAUAAAAGAUGAAUGUAACACCCGAACCACAAUGACCAGGGUUUGGUUCCUCUCCAUGUUGCUACAUAUAUAUACACACUGAAGAUUUAGAAAGUUGUUUGCAUGUUUAUUUGAAAGGGGAAUCAUAUUGAUUCAUGAGAAGAUCAAUUCCUUCAAAAUAAAGUUUGUUAUGAGCUUUGA